GGUCGCGCACGAGCCGCGUGCAUCCACGAUCGGACACAGUUUUUGUUAGUUUCGGUUGAGCAUCGACCAAGAGCAGGUCACGUUCGCACUGUCUCCACCGCGCGAACAAUCAAUCAAACAAUUAUGGCCAUCACACGGUCGCUGUUGCAGAUGUUUCUGCUGUUUGGAGCUUUGGUGUUGUCCGUUUCCGGAUCAGCUAUUCCGUGUGAUGACGCGGGCACUGAUCCAGCGCCAAACGUGUGGCAACCGCGAACACCGGAGCAGACGCUGUACGCGUACGUGCGAUGCCUCAACGACUCGUCUGCCAGCAUCGAACAGAAAAUUAAUUGGGUUAAAUGGCAUCCGGAUACGACCUAUGAAAGCCAGUGCUACGUGAAGUGCGUUAGCGAAGAGCUGCGGCUGUAUGAUGCCGCGGAAAAGCGAUUCCGACCCGAAAGGUUUGUCCUUCAGGCGGAAUCAUUCUUUAAUGCGGAUCCUGAGCAGUUACAGGCCCUUAGGACCGAUGCCGAGCCGUUACUAGCCGGCGUUCUGAAGGACAGUUCAUGUGAGUCCGUGUUUAACAAGUAUGCUGCCUUUUAUGCCGCGCAUCACAGCACAAUUCUGCGUAUGUUCCAUGGCGACUAUCGAGAUAUUGGGCAGACCUACGCGAAACUUGGAAAUCAAGUCAAACAAAUUGGUCAAACUUUUGUGGACUUUUGCGAGAAGUUAACAAAAACCGCAUGGAAUGUCGAGCAAAGCUGUCCACCGGAAAGGUUUCUUGAUUGCGUUUUCAAAGGCUUCCGCUGGAUCACCGAGGAAGGCAAAGUGAACGUCAACGAGAUUCGCCGUGACUAUGCAGCAUCCAGUUUGGGAGAAGCUGAUACGGCCGCUUACUGUGAAUCAACGUCGGGGGGUGCACGGCAGCUGUAUGAUUGUUUACGGGACAAAGGUGCCGCCGGUCUGGCGACGGUGAUACGAGAGCGCAACCAAAAGACGGCAUUCUAUUUCGAUUUGACGUCACAGGAGGAGCCAUGGAAAUCGGCAGUCGAUUUUGCUAACAACCUCUAAUCAGUGGCGCAGAUCCUGUAUUUGUGGAUACAUUAUGACAUUAUAACACUCGAAGGAGAUUAUGAACAUUUACGAUAAGCAACAAUAAAGUUAUUUUUGUUCCUGUAAACACA